CUGGGCAGUGAGGGGAGGGGGCGGCGGCAGCUGAGGCGGCGUCGUUAUUUCUGCGGUCCCGACGGUGCGUGACGGCGCCAGUGGCCCGGGGGAAAGUAGGCAUAAUGGUUAUGAAAGCUUCUGUAGAAGAUGAUGAUUCGGGAUGGGAACUCAGUAUACCAGAAAAAAUGGAAAAGAGCAAUACCACAUGGGUGGACAUAACCCAAGAUUUUGAAGAAGCUUGUCGAGAAUUAAAGUUGGGAGAACUGCUUCAUGAUAAGUUAUUUGGUCUUUUUGAAGCCAUGUCUGCCAUUGAAAUGAUGGAUCCCAAGAUGGAUGCUGGAAUGAUUGGAAACCAAGUUAAUCGAAAAGUUCUCAAUUUUGAACAAGCUAUCAAGGAUGGCACCAUUAAAAUUAAAGAUCUCGCCUUGCCUGAAUUAAUAGGGAUAAUGGAUACAUGUUUUUGCUGUUUGAUAACAUGGUUAGAAGGCCAUUCCUUGGCACAGACAGUAUUUACGUGCCUUUACAUUCAUAAUCCAGACUUUAUAGAAGAUCCUGCCAUGAAAGCUUUUGCUCUGGGAAUUUUGAAAAUUUGUGACAUUGCAAGGGAAAAAGUGAAUAAAGCGGCUGUUUUUGAAGAGGAAGAUUUUCAGUCAAUGACUUACGGAUUUAAAAUGGCAAACAGUGUGACAGAUCUUCGAGUUACAGGCAUGCUAAAAGAUGUGGAAGAUGACAUGCAAAGAAGAGUAAAGAGUACUCGAAGUCGACAAGGAGAAGAAAGAGAUCCAGAAGUUGAACUGGAACAUCAACAAUGUUUAGCAGUGUUCAGCAGAGUGAAAUUUACUCGAGUGUUACUGACAGUGCUUAUAGCCUUUACUAAGAAAGAGACCAGUGCUGUUGCAGAAGCUCAAAAGUUGAUGGUUCAAGCAGCAGAUCUUCUUUCUGCCAUUCAUAAUUCAUUGCAUCAUGGCAUCCAGGCCCAGAAUGAUACCACAAAAGGAGAUCAUCCAAUUAUGAUGGGUUUUGAGCCCCUUGUUAACCAGAGACUGCUUCCACCUACCUUCCCUCGAUAUGCAAAAAUAAUUAAAAGGGAAGAAAUGGUCAACUAUUUUGCAAGAUUAAUAGAUAGAAUAAAAACUGUCUGUGAGGUGGUCAAUUUAACAAAUUUACAUUGCAUCCUGGAUUUUUUCUGUGAAUUUAGUGAACAAUCACCUUGUGUUCUUUCGAGAUCUUUAUUACAAACCACUUUCCUAGUGGAUAACAAAAAGGUCUUUGGAACCCAUCUCAUGCAAGACAUGGUCAAAGAUGCACUUCGAUCUUUUGUCAGUCCUCCAGUUCUCUCCCCAAAGUGCUACCUUUAUAAUAAUCACCAGGCUAAGGACUGUAUUGACUCUUUUGUUACUCACUGUGUUCGGCCAUUCUGUAGUCUCAUUCAGAUCCAUGGACAUAACAGGGCUCGACAGAGAGAUAAACUUGGUCAUAUUCUUGAGGAAUUUGCUACCUUGCAGGAUGAGGCAGAGAAGGUUGAUGCAACCCUUCACACUAUGCUGUUGAAACAGGAACCACAAAGGCAACAUUUGGCCUGUUUAGGUACCUGGGUCCUUUACCAUAACCUCCGAAUUAUGAUACAGUAUCUUCUAAGUGGCUUUGAAUUGGAACUCUACAGCAUGCAUGAGUACUACUACAUCUAUUGGUAUCUCUCUGAAUUCCUUUAUGCAUGGUUGAUGUCAACAUUAAGUCGUGCGGAUGGCUCUCAAAUGGCAGAGGAAAGGAUAAUGGAAGAGCAGCAGAAAGGCCGUAGCAGUAAAAAAACAAAGAAAAAGAAGAAAGUUCGCCCACUGAGCCGAGAGAUCACAAUGAGUCAGGCAUAUCAGAACAUGUGUGCUGGAAUGUUCAAAACCAUGGUAGCAUUUGACAUGGAUGGCAAAGUACGAAAACCUAAGUUUGAACUUGACAGUGAACAAGUUCGAUAUGAGCACAGAUUUGCUCCAUUCAACAGUGUAAUGACACCACCACCAGUGCACUAUCUGCAGUUUAAGGAGAUGUCUGACCUCAAUAAAUACAACCCUCCUCCUCAGUCUCCAGAACUGUAUGUGGCAGCUAGUAAGCACUUCCAGCAAGCAAAAAUGAUACUGGAAAAUAUCCCAAACCCAGACCAUGAGGUCAACAGAAUUUUAAAGGUCGCCAAACCCAAUUUCGUGGUGAUGAAGUUAUUGGCAGGAGGACACAAAAAGGAAUCUAAGGUUCCUCCUGAAUUUGACUUCUCUGCUCACAAAUAUUUUCCUGUUGUGAAACUUGUUUGAAAGAGACUGUGAUCAUAAAUGGGUUCCCUAAUCAGAAAAUUGAAGUUGCUUUUAGAACUUUUAAAAAAAUCUGCCAUGCAAGAACCUAAAAAACAAUGGGAGAAAUAAGACAGUCUCUUUUCACAGAAUUUAUAACCUUAUGAAGAAUGCAGAAAAGCAAACAGGUAUUUAAAAACUGAGAAAAAUACAGUAUGCUGGUGUAGGAGAACCACCUAAAGGUACAUGGAGAAAGUCACCAUUUGGGGCACCGUGGAGCCUCAAAGGUUAAUAAAGCAGCAUUAGCUGUAACGGGGCCUUAGCAGGUAAAUAGACAUGUACAGAUCUAGAGGUGAAAGGGAGGCAGUUUGACAUAAGUGUGGAGCAGGAAAAGGGAUUUUGGAGAACUAAGAUCGAGAGAUUAGGGGAAGGCCAGAAUUUGGGGAGCCAGGUUAAAGAAUUUGGACUUUAUCUUAUGUGUUGGUGGGUACCAUUAAAGAGUUUGAUGCAAGGAUGAUGGGGUCAAGUUAUAUCUGUUAAUCUUCUCAGGCAAAGUAAAAAGCAGACAAGACCAGAGAAAGUAGUUUGGGGAGAGAAAAUAAGGUUUAAAAAUUCAAACAUUGAGCCAAGCUUCAAGGAAAAUGUGGUGCUUUAUUUUGUUCUGUUGACUCCUAGAAUAACCUUUUAAAUGAGCCCAUUUCAAAAUCCUAGAGAAAGGAUCCUGAGUGUUAUAUAACAAGAUUGUCCUUCAAAGAAAAAAAAAAAAAAAAAAAACAGCAGCUGUAUACUGCUGCUCCAGGUCACAGAACUACCUUAAAUAAUAUUCAGAUGUUAACUGAUUUUAAUGCAGUAGCUUUUUUAGAGAGUGAAAACCACUUAGAUAAGCAUUUCCGUUCUAGAUAAAGACAGAUGUGAUGUAUCACCCUGCAGGUUCUGUCAUUUCACUUCAGCUUUAAGAGACAAAUUAGUAUAAAACAAGCAGCAUCAGGAACUCUUCCUCAAAGAUGAUUUAUUUAUUAAAACUGAGUUUACAUCCUAAUUUCCAUAUAUUUAACAUUCAUUCUAAAAAGGCUAAAUCUAAGAUUAACUCUAUUUCUAAAAGUUUUUUAAAGGGCAAGACUUCAGUUACAUGGAAAAUUAGGUUCUGUAGGACCAUACCUCUGAUGAGUCACAUUUACUUAUUUUGACUUUAAAUUUCUAAUACCCAUCAGUUUUAGGAUCUCUGUAGAGGGAUAUAAAGUUGUACAAACCAGGUAUGGCCAUUGUCACUCAACUCAGGAUUUUUAGGAAGUAUAAUUCUAAGGGGUAAAAUGAGUAUCAAGCAUUUGUCUCAACUGGUCAGGGCCCUGGUUUAUAAAAAAGCUCAUCUGAAUUUUAUAUCUCAUUUAAAGAUGAAAAUAUUUCAAAUCAAAUCAUUUAACUUUCCCAGGCACACCAACAAGGAUGGAAACAUUUCAUUUUUUUUUUUUUUUCAUUUUUUUCUUAAAGUGCAAUAGGAAAACACCUAUUUUAAGUAACCCAUAAACGUAUACAUUUUACAAACCUGUUUUUAAGGGGCAGUGACUUAGUACAUUUUAAGAAAAUGCUGCCCUCUGAACUGAGGGAUAGCACAUAAACCUACAGACAUUUAUACAUAUAAUUAAGCUUUCUCCAACUUUGAUAUUAAUGAGUAUGCACAGUCUAAGCUAACCAUAUGAAAAAGUGUUAAUAUAACCCAUCAUAAAUGGAAAAUUUGUAUUUCUAAAAUUCAUUUCAAAGGCAUCUUAGAAGUUGAAUGUUGUAUAAACUACAGUCUGUUUGUAAUUUUGGGAGUAGGUUUUUCUGGACCUUAGAUGACCCUGAAUUCACAAUUCUUUCCACCGUUUCAGGUUUUACUGUGAAUAGCUAACCAGCUACUGCCAAUUAAAACAACCAUGCUAUUAAUUUAGCGAUUUAAUGGCAGCAUGCUGAUUUAUAACAGGUAAUAGUUUUUUUCUCAAGUUCCAUCACACAAAAUAAAAAAUUGCAGUGAUUGUUCAUAAAACCUAAUCCAGGAUUAUGACAAAUGAAUCAUCACGCCUGUCAGUCUGCACCCCAUUUGAAAAUAUAAACAAAGGUGUGAAAUUAGUUUUAUACCUAAAAAAUUAGCAUAGCUAUUUAUUUGAUUGUGGAUGAAAAGACCAAGGUCAGGGUUUGAUAUCUACUUAAUGUUUAUUACACAAGUUUUGUGUUUUGUUUUUCCCUUUUAAAUAACUACGACUAAACAGUCACCUUGGAAUAGGCACCUGUGCCCCUAAGGGAGACUAAUGGUAAUAAAUCAUGUCUGCCUAGAGAAGUAGCUCAAAGUAUAUACUUCCUGAAUCAAUGGCCUUUUUGUGACUCUGUACAUGAAAAUGAAAUCAUCUGGUUGCUAUUUAUUUAUACUGAUAUUCCACAUGAGGUUUAAUAAGACAAACCACUAUCCUUAAUCCACAAUUUAAGUUGAUUCUUUAGAGACAGAAUAGGGGAUGAAAGCAGUUUUAAAAGCUGAACUAGCAGUAUUUUAUUUCUUGGUAACUAUGCACAUUGAUUAAACUUGGUGUUUUACUAUUAGGCUUUACCGAGAAAGCAAGAGGGGAAAAUCAACCCUAAGACCGUAAGACAGAGAGGGAGGUUGAACACAACCUUAAGUAAUAUAAUAAAGCUACUUUUAUAAUACCCUUCUUCAGUGGGCUUUCCUGGGUGGAAAAGUUUAAUCUUAGUGGUUAGGUUAAAGGAUUUUAUACAUGAAGAACGUUCAGGUUAGAGAUCUUAACCUAAAUAAAAACCAGAACCUGCAUUCCAUGAUUGCCAGGGCAGAGUGAGUCCAUGUGUGUCGGUCCUCCACCUCCCCCACUUCACCCUCCCUGGCCCGAGGUGAGAGACCAGGUAUUCCAGCUAUCUGGCAUGCAUUUAAGCUCCAUGAAUUCUCUGGGUCCUGGUUCUCUGAAAGGAGGCGGUUAUACCAAGUGAUCAGAGGUCCCUGCAUCUCAAAUGCAAGGACUUCAAACAUGCUAAACUGUGCCCCACUGAAAGUCAAUGUGACUUUGACAGUCAUUCACAAAACUGGCAAGAGCAGUUUACCUUAAAUAAAAACCAGCUGAAGUCAAACCUGAUGUCACUUUUGUCAGUGUGAAUUAUGAUUAGUCGUUUUCAAAUUAACAUUAAUAUUUGGUUUUCAAAUCUAAUUUGCUACAAGCUGAGACUUAACUGUUGCAUUUCUCUUGACUUUCUAUACUUCCCAAAUUUGUAACACUGUAUAUCCCGGUCAACAUCCACCAUCUUCCUCUAGUAGUAGAGUAAGGUGGUUUGUCACCAUUAACCUCCCCUCCACCGUGCUCUACUGCCCUCUCUCUGUUCUGCCAGAUACCUGAGUUUAGCUCUACUUUGGCCCCAAUUGUGUCAAAAGUCUAAUCCACUAGUGGCUUUUCUUAGUAAUAAGAAGUCAUUCCAAAAGAUCUGCUUUUGCCCACACAAUUAAGCAAAAUAAGUAUAGAUCACAAGUGUUCAAAUUACAAAUCAUUUAAAACUAUUUAGUCCAUUAAUGACAAGUAUUAUUAUACAAGCAAUCUUUUUUUUUUUUUUUUUUAAACAAAAUUCUUGCACAAAACACUUUUGUAUUUAGACUCAUUUGAAACUGUUCCUAGUGAUGUUUUUGCUGACUGUCAGUACUCUGGGCCAAUGACUGUCACAGCUGGAGUAAGCUUAUCAAUAAAAUUAUUCAGUGCUAACCUGGGAGAAUAAAUAAUUAGCUGGUACCAGCCACUCUGCACAGCAUGUGAAGAAAUGACUCCAGGGAGAGGUAAGAGGCGUUCUCUAAGAAGAAAGACUUCCUACACUUUGUUUAAAAAAACAAAAGUUAUAUUCCAAAAUAAUCAAGCGCCACUGUAACCAUACUUGAACUUCCUCUUUUUGUCUUGAUCUUCUCAUGAAACACCUAUUAGCCAAAUAAUUUUGACAAAUUGUGAAAUAUAAACAUUUAAAAAGUAUCCCCCAAAAACUGCCUAAAAAAGACAGUUUUCCUAGAUAAGUACAUACUAAAACUCCACAAUUAUCAUCCUUAGAUAUGUAUUUUUUUCACUUGGUACUUUUCACAGUAUUCAACCCCUCAUGAAUAUUUUGUAGUGAUCUCUGUUUAGACCUAACAUGAAGUAUCUGAUUCCAGUUUGAUUCAUUCAGUGUGAUUCCUCUAUUCAUGUUGAUCAAGUAAAUUUAUCAUGUUUCUUUCUGAUUUUCAGCAUUAAGAACUAAAAAGGGAAAAAAGAAAAAAGCAUGUUGAGAAAUCAACCUAGGCAUAUCCCAUUUAACAUUAAGUAUGUGGAAACUAUUGGAGGAAAUCCUAACGUGGAAUUGCAUUCUUAAUCAAGCAAGAGACCAUGUAUCACGAACCAGGUGCAAGAAAUAAAACAUCUAAAAACCCCAUAAUUACUUAAACAGUGAAAAGAUGUCCUACAAAUCAGACAAUAGAAAGUAUAUUCAUAAAUACACUUAUCAGAAACCUAAUGUGCCACUGCAGCUUCCACAGGAAGCACCCUGCCUCCUAAGAGCCAUCUGUGACUUUGGUCAGUUGCUACUCCAAAGCUCUUUGACGGAGCUGAGGUCUGUAUCACCGUGAUUCCUACUUUAUUCUUUAUGUAUGUCUAUUACUUUGACAUAUAAAGGACAUAAAAGACAUCACAUUAAAUCUAAAAAGUUUUCUCAUUUAUAGCUAUUGCACAUUACAUGGUGAAUUGUAAAUUGACUGCCUUAAAUUAAUAGUGUCUCUAAUAUAAAGUUGGAGCUAAUGCUGCUUCUGAUUUGCCUAAAGCAAACAAGGUCUUAAGCUGGUAUUUCUUCAUGUUAAAACUUUGCCAGCUCCUUUAAGAAAUUAUCCUCUUGCCUACCUUCUCACUUUGUUUAGAAUCUUUGUACAAGGUCAAAUUCUUAGGACACCAAGGUGUAGAGAAUGAGAGAUCCUAAUACUUAACUGCUUAAGGCAAUCACUUAGUAGGACACUAGGCUCAUUGAAAAGCAACAUACUGUUAAAUCAAGCACAAAUAAGGGUUGCCCCUGUGGCCUAGGGGGUUAAGGCUCAGCGCUAGCAACCUAAUGCCAGCCACUGCUGCCUGAGUUCGACCCCCGGCUCGGGAGCUAACUCA